ACUUCACUCUGCUCACCAAAGUCUGCAGCUUCUCUGUUACACGAUUACACAACACAAACUCAACUUUCUUCCUUACUCGCGAGUCACUGAACACUGCACUCAACCAAUCCAAAACACUCUCCAAACAAAACCCCACACCAUUCCCUUCUUCACAACGAAUCUCCAAUUCCCAUUUUUCUAUCCACUCCUUCCAAUUUCCUUCGUCAACCCAAGCCACUGCUUCCACCGUUUCAACGCAAAAUUCAAGCAUUCUUGAAGAGCCCUUCCGAUGCGCCUCACCGGACCCAUUGAUCCAUGAAUCGUAAAAUGGAGGCUGAAAACCCCGCAAGGUCGACGGGGUUAAAGUACGCAUCCAUAAACCCUAACAAACCUCAACCAUCCCCAAUUCCCAAACCCAACCAAUUUCCCUCCCACCUCGACGCGCCCAACGUCUCGUCUUCCGCUCGUGCCCUUUGUGACAUCCUCACACGCGCCUCCCCUCACGACAUCGAAACCGCCCUCUCCUCCUCGGGAAUCGAUCCCGAGGAGGACCUCGUCAAAGAGGUCCUCAAACUCUCUUACAACUACCCUUCCUCCGCCGUCAAGUUCUUCCGGUGGGCCGGGCGAGGCAAAAAGCACCCGGCUCAUACCUGGAACUUGAUGGUCGACCUGCUGGGUAAAAACCAGCUUUUCGAGCCCAUGUGGGAUGCCGUCAGGUCUAUGAAACAGGAAGAGAAACUUUCUCUCUCCACCUUCGCUUCCGUCUUCCAUAGCUACUCCGCAGCCGGUAGGUUUAACGAGGCCGUCAUGAGCUUCGACGUCAUGGACAGGUACGGCGUCAAGCAGGACGUGGUGGCCGUUAACUCGCUCCUCAGCGCCAUUUGCUGCGAGGACAACCAAACAUCCGUGGGCGUCGAGUUUCUCGAGAGCAUCAAGGCGAAGGUGUCGCCUGACGGCGACACCUUUGCCAUUCUUCUCGAAGGGUGGCAAAAGGAAGGCAAUGCUGCUAAAGCUAAGAUCACGUUUGGUGAUAUGGUGGCUCAAAUUGGCUGGAACAAGGACAAUGUUGCUGCCUACGACGCGUUUUUGAUGACCCUCUUUAGCGCUGACCUCAUGGAUGAUGUUGUCAGGUUCCUUCAGGCUAUGAAGGACCAUGGUUGCUUCCCAGGUUUGAAAUUCUUUACCAACGCGCUUGACGCUCUUGUCAAGCGAAACGACGCCCAUCACGCUAUCCCUAUGUGGGAUGUGAUGGUCAGUGGCGAGUUAGUGCCUAAUUUGAUCAUGUAUAAUGCCAUGAUUGGGUUGCUCUGCAACAAUGUUGCUAUUGAUCACGCCAUUCGCCUGCUCGAUGAGAUGGCUUUCCAUGGCGCUUUUCCGGACUCCCUUACCUACAACAUGAUCUUUGAGUGCUUGGUGAAGAACAAGAAGGCGCGUGAGACGGGGAGGUUCUUCGCCGAGAUGAUCAAGAAUGAGUGGCCCCCUACCGGCCCUAACUGCGCUGCCGCCAUUGCAAUGUUGUUUGAAUGUGAUGAUCCCGAAGCAGCGCAUGAAAUUUGGAGUUAUGUUGUUGAGAAUCGUGUCAAGCCGCUUGAUGAGAGUGCGAAUGCCAUGCUAGUUGGACUUUGUAACUUGAGUAGAUUCUCGGAGGUUAAGAGGUUGGCUGAGGAUGUGCUUUAUAGAAGGAUCAAGGUGUAUGAAUCUACAAUGACUUUCCUGAAGGAUGCCUUCUAUAAAGAAGGAGGGCAGUUUUCGUGGGCUUUCAUGAAAGUUGCGCAUGCUUGCUUAGAGCAAACCUGCAGAUUAAGUUUCCUUACGUGGACAUUUAUCAUCAGUGCUUUGAUGCAAGGGACUCGGCGUAUACUCUAUUAGAUUUUUGUGCAUAUGUUAUUGAUAGCAUUGCCUUGUUGGUGUAAGUGGGGAUUCAUGGUACUAGAAUUGUGGUCGCAAGAUCAAAGUUUUCAUGGUUUCUACAACUGUGUCGACAACCGGAAUCUAAAACACUCGGACCACAAAGACCCGAAGUGGAGAGAGUUGAAUGAUAAAAUUAUCUUAGGGGUGGUAUGGGCCAUUACGACGGUUUUCAUUUUUUAUUUUUUUCUUGGCUGUUUCAUGCAAUUAAAUUGUUUCAAAUAUGAUUUUUUAAAAGAAUUCUCUGAACAUUGUUAGUUGGUCAUGGGGUUUUCUACUUUUGAGGCCGCUUGAUUGACAAUUCCAAAGAGAUACACCUUGCUCAACUAUUCUUUUUACAGUAUGUGCAUCAUUGAAGGAUUUUCUGUAGUCAUGUGAUAGUUAACUAUUGGGUAUGUUUAUUUGGAUCAUAAUCUGCCUCGUUCCCGCCUCCCCUGGGGCUCUCAUUCACAGAAUCUAGGUACUUCUGAAUCAAAAUUCAUGGAUUAUUCCCUCACUCGUCCUCUUUUGCUAUUUCUCAUUCCUUGUUCUAGCGAUGGCUUGAUCAUCAAAGAACCCAGGGAAAGCUCUGUUCUUCCUUUUAAUUAAUAUGUUCAUCCUUUUUAUUCUAGGUUUUGAGGAAUGAGAUUGUAUUCUAUGCCAAUGAGGUGACAAGAUUGUGGAUCUUCAUAGAGGGAUAUUGUGCAUAUUGCUGAGUGCUAACAUCCUAUAUUCAUUUUUUAGUCCA